CUAAAUCGUAAUGCGAUUGCCAGUUGCAGGCGACUUUCCAUUGCCCGUUCCAAACGUAAUAUUUUUUUAUCCCCUCGGCAUGCUUUGAUCUAUUAUAGUAUUUUACCUCGUUGGGCCUGAACUCUUCUUAGCUAUCAUUCUCAAACACUUCUUCCUGCUCCUCACAUUCUCCACCAUAUCAAGACGUAGGGACGGAUACCAACUGGUCGGUCUUUGUUGACGGACAGACUAUUUGUACCCUUCCGAGGCGUCUGUCGAUUCUGCCCCCCUUGAAGUAUCCGCAAUACACCAAUUGCUCCUGCGACGUUGGCGAACGACAUCAACAAUGGGUGGCCAAGUCUCCAAAAUCAUGGGAAAGAUCUUCGGAUCGAAAGAAAUGCGUCUUCUUAUGUUGGGCCUCGACGCUGCAGGAAAGACAACAAUUCUCUACAAAUUAAAACUCAACCAGGACGUUACCACCAUUCCUACUGUCGGAUUCAACGUCGAGUCCGUUACCUAUAAGAAUGUCAAGUUCAAUGUCUGGGAUGUUGGUGGACAGGACAAAAUCCGCCCUCUUUGGCGACAUUAUUUUUCUGGCACCCAGGGUCUCAUUUUCGUUAUUGACUCGAACGAUCGCGCCCGCAUCGACGAAGCACGCCAGGAGCUCCAUCGGAUCAUCCUGGAUCGGGAGAUGAAGGAGGCUUUGCUGCUAGUUUUCGCAAAUAAGCAAGAUAUUCCCGGAGCUAUGACCCCCCAGGAAGUCACUGACAAGCUCCAAUUGACCCAACUCAAGGACAAAGUGUGGUUUGUUGUCCCGAGUUGUGCGACCACAGGCGAGGGAUUGUUUGAGGGGCUGGCUCUCCAACAAUGUCAAGUCUCAACCGCAAAAGCAAAUUAAAUAAAUGCU